GCGAACUAGUGUUGACUUACUACUGUACGAGACUCAUUCCAUGUCAGCUGACGGAUAAUCUUGACGAACCUAAGAAUUCUUGGUAUUAAAGGAAGCCAUUCGCCUUGACUGGUUAUACGAACUACUAUUGUAGGGCAAGCUACAGCCCUACAUAAGUACACAACUUCGUUCGCCAUGGAUCCUCCUCGUGGUCCCUUGAUCCUGCACCUCGCUCUUAUCCGCACUGGCACUGCGUCUAUGGCCAAGGCCUACGAGAUCCUUGGCUACAAAAAUGUUUACCAUGGGCUGACAAUGUUGGACCGCAACCAAGAUUGGGUCCUGCUGGAGAAAGCCGCCGAUGCCACUUACCCUCAGGUGUUGAAUCCUGGCAAAAAGCCUCCGCCGCCGUGGACGCGGUCCGACUGGGACCAAUUGUUUGGAGAAUGCGAUGCCGUCACGGAUUUGGGGUCCUUCUUUUCGCUGCAAUUGCUUGAGGCGUACCCGGACGCCAAAGUUGUCCUUGUCGAGCGAGAGUAUGACAGAUGGUGGCGCAGCGUUGAAGAUGUUGCUAUUUACGCAUUAUGGAGCCUCCCAGCACGCAUCUUUUCGUAUAUUGAGCCUAUCACAGGGGUUAGGUCCGGUGAUACUAUCCGAAAAAUGAUGCUAGGCUUCUUUAACGCCCGAGAUGUUCACCAACUCAGGAAGAACGCAAAAGAGAGGUAUUUUGGACAUUAUCGUCAGAUCCGCGAGCUGGUGCCGCCUGAGCGACUGCUUGAAUAUCGCCUCGGCGACGGAUGGGGGCCUCUGUGCCAGUUUCUGGAUCGAGAAGAGCCCAACGUCGAAUUCCCUAGAACAAACGAGACAAAGGAAAUUAGAAAAAUCGCAUGGGCUCGAUUGUGGAAGUAUACGGGAAUGGCUGCAAUCAUUGUGGGAAAAUAUGCUAUUGGCAUCAUGAUUCUUGGUGCGGCUUUGUGGUUCGCGCGAGAUCGCAGUCCAGAUGGUUUUGCUUUUCUUUCCAAAUAUCUAAAUCGAGAGCCUUGAGAGAGCUUUUUUCUAUAUCUAUGGAUCAUAGGUACAGCAGCUUAUAUACAGCGCUAGUGUUUUGCAUGGAUGCAUGUGGCUUAUACGGAACUUGCCUAUGGUCAUCACUAAUACAUCGCCCAGGUGCUACGCAGAUCCUCGCUUCAUGCAGUAAAUACUGUCCAU